AUGCUUAUAGCAAGGAUUGCUCCUAUUUUGCAAGUUAGCCAUGCCAGGGGUGGUCAGUACAAAUAUAUAGUGCACACCAUUAAUUUCCCAGAAGACAUUUCAGAAAUAGCAACUACUUUGCCACGCAAAUUACAACAUUUGGAGAUUGUGAUUAUUCGAAGGAUAAAUCUCAAAGGAAAACAAUAUGAUUGUUAUUUAAAUAAGUUCCAUGUUAUGGAUGCAUUGAAUUACAAAAUUCAACAUGACCAGUACUACAGUGAUGUUAUCAUUGACGUUGUAGCUGCUGAUUUAUUGCCACAAACAUCUACCGAUAUAUCUAAAUUUUUACAUACCCUUCCAAAUUCCUUUGAUCUGCAGCCUCCUUCACCAACACAAGAGCAACUCUCUAAUGAUGAUGAAGUUGAAUUACAGACCACAUCAUCAGUCAUCCCAAAGCUGCCAUGUUCAACCCCUGAACUAGAUGCCAUUAAAAAGAUAUUGCACCUAGAUAAGGAUGAUCAAAAUGUUGCAGCUUGGCCUGAAAUAAGUUGCUCACCCAUUAAUGAAUACAACACUGAAGGCUUGUUUGCUAUGGCUUUCCCAACAUUGUUCCCAAGCGGAUCUACAUUGCCACUCCAACCAAGGACAAAACAUGUUCACUUGCACGAAUAUGCUUUGUACUUGAUAAGAUAUCAUGACCAAAGAUUUGGACAACAUGUUAGGUUCAAAUAUUAUCUUUACAAUCUAAUAAUAAGACACCGUUCCCAACAGUCAGCUUCAGUUUUCCUACGGACCAACUUAGAAGACUCCAUCUCGACUAUGUUACAAGCUUUACGUGAACAGUUGCAGUCUACACCAUCCGAUCAAUUGCCAAACCAAUUAAUGCAUUUUGCAGCUUCAUUACGAGGCACAAGAGCUUAUUGGAAAAGAUCCUGCAAGGAUCUCACUACAAUGGUACACUAA